AUGUCAAACGAAAGCGACGUAAAGAAGAGACGUGUGGAAAACGGCACCAAGAAAGCCAACAAUCACUCCAAAAUCUACCAACCUUUCAGAGCCAUCGGCUAUGUCACCAAUGAGAUUCCCUAUGUUAUCAACAAUCAUGGACAAGAAUAUUUUUUGACAUCUUGUGUUGGAAGCAGCUUUCAGACCUACAAUCUCGGCAAAAUGAACUUGUUGUUUGUCAGCACACCUACACCAAAGCCUAUAAGCGCAAUGGCCACUCACAAAAAGCUGAUUUAUGCUGCAACCGGUAAUUGUGUCAUUGGAUACAAGCGAGGCAAAGAAAUCACUCGAGUUGGAGGACAAGGCGACUUUAACAUCACACAGAUCCUGGUUUUGGGUGCCUAUAUUGCUGCACUUUGCGAUGACAAUACGCUCAAAUUAUGGGAUACUACUACAGGAGAUCUUUACACCGAAAUUGAGUUUGGAGAGGAAUUCACAGCUACCAACAUGCUCCACCCUUCAACUUACCUCAACAAAGUCCUGGUUUCCAGCACUCAGGGCACAAUGCAGAUUUGGAACAUUAGAACUAACAAGAUGGUGUACCAAUUCGCAUAUUUGGGAUCUGCUGUCACCUGUUUAGCUCAAUCGCCUGUUGUGGAUGUAGUUGCUAUUGGUUUGUUGGAUGGUACAACCAUUCUGUACAAUAUCAAGGCAGAUGAGAAGAUUGACAGUGUGCGCCAAGAUGACCGAGUUACUGCCAUCACUUUUAGAACAGAUGAUGAGCAAUUUAUGGCAACUGGUAACAUGCAUGGUGAUGUUGCUUUGUGGGAUCUUUCCGAACGUAGAUUGGCUCAUAUUAUGAAGAAUGCUCAUGAUGGAUAUAUUACAUCUUUAACAUUUUUGCACAACCAGCCUGUAUUGGUUACUGGUGCAACUGACAAUUCAAUCAAGCAAUGGAUCUUUGAAAAGCACAAUUCUGUACCUCAUCCUUUCAAAUCUCGCAGCGGACAUCAUGCACCUCCCUCCAAACUUAAAUACUAUGGCGAAGGACUCAAGACCAUUUUGAGUGCUGGUCGGGAUCAUUCGCUCCGAUCAUUCAGUACUGUCCGAGAUGCACAAAACUUUGAAUUUUCACAAGGGCAUCUUGCUAGAAAGGCCAACAAGCGCGGCAUCAGUAUGGACGACUUGAAGCUACCCCAAAUCAUUGAUUUUGAUGUCAAUGAUGCUAAGGUAAAGGAUUGGGACAAUAUCAUCACUUGCCAUGGCAACGAUAAUGCCUGUCGCACAUGGUCAUCGAAAACAAAGAAACUGGGAGCCCACACUAUGAUCAGCACAGACAAAACAGCAGUGAAAGCAACCUGUAUCUCGUCUUGCGGUAAUUUCGGCUACUUAGGCUGUGCGUCUGGUGUAGUGGACAUGUUCAAUAUGCAAUCUGGACAAUACCGCAAGACAUUUAGUGGACACAAAAAGCCUAUUACAGGUCUAACAACAGAUACCAUUCACCGUUACUUGAUCACAGCAUCAGUUGAUAAAACAAUUAAAAUUUGGGAGAUCAAAACCGCAAAAGUUGUGUACACGAUUGAUCUCGAAUCACCCAUUGUAUCUAUCCGCUAUCACACAGAGAACGAUUUAUUAGCUGUUGUGUGUGAUGAUUUAGGCAUCCGAGUCAUUGAUCUGGAAACAAAGAAGGUGGUCAGAGAGUUCUGGGGCCAUAGAAACCGUAUCACAGAUUUUACAUUCAGUCCUGACAGUCGUUGGAUCGUAUCUGCUUCCUUGGACGGCACUGUCCGCACCUGGGAUCUGCCUACUGGCGCCAUGAUUGAUAUUUUCAAGGUGGAAGACAUUGUCACUUGUUUGGCCUUCUCUCCUGAUGCAGAUUUUUUGGCUACUGGUCAUGUGGAUAACGUCGGUAUCUUCCUUUGGGCUAACCGUACUCAAUAUGCCAAUGUGUCUCUACGUAGUAUCCCCGAUGACUAUGAGGUGAAGCUCCUUUCAUUGCCUUCCUUGACUGGCAGCGAAGAUGAUGAGGCUGCUCAAGAGUCAGAGGAGGACUCUGACAUUGAAGAAAUUGUCGCGGAAAAGACAGUGGAUCAACUCACAGAUAAGAUGAUUACCUUAUCAAUGGAACCUCGAUCGAAAUGGCAAAAUCUGUUGCAUUUGGAUACAAUUAAAAUGCGUAACAAGCCCAAAGAAGCACCUAAAUUACCGGAAAAAGCACCAUUUUUCUUACCAACAUUACCUGGAGCAAAGGGACAAUUCAACCUUGAAACCGCCAUUACCAAAAAUGAAGAGAAUCCUGAUUCCAAAAGAAUCAACUUUUCUCAAUUAGACACAGACACUGAAUACGCCAAAUUAUUAAGAGCAGGACACGAGGCUGAUGGUCAAUUUAAUUCCUUUGUGGAAUAUGCCAAAUCUCUCAGUCCCUCUGCCAUUGAUGUUGAAAUCAGAUCAUUCAAUAUUGAUGGAGAACUCUUGCUCUUGAACUACUACUUAGAAGCCAUCUUGUACAUGUUGACCACAAGAAAGAAUUUCGAAUUAGCACAGGCAUGGCUCUCUGUGUUUUUAAAUAUUCAUGGUGAUUUAAUUGUGGCAAACCCCAUCAACCCAAUCCAUGAAAAACUAGAAUCCAUCUUGAAUAUGCAAAGCAGUGAAUUUGGUAGAUUAUCAGAGCAAAUACACUACAGUCUGUGCUUGAUCGAUUUUGCCCGUAGAACAUAA